GACCGGACAGAGCCAUCAACAUGACCCUGCAGAUGAGGCAGAUGAGGCGCCUGGACAGCCUGAACAGCGACAGGACUGAGAGCAACAGCAGCAACGAGGAGACCCGCAAGCAGCUUUUGCUCCUUCUCUCCAGCAAGAGGGUGCAGAAGGUCUUGAGGACAUGCCAACAUCAGCUAUCUCAAGUGCCGGAAGCAGCAGAGCUGAGCCCGGCAAAGAUGCUAAAGAUCUUGGCUGAAGGGUACACUCUUUGGAAGAAACGGCCGGUGUGGGGCGCCCGCCCGGACGACACCUGGGGGCUCUUCCUGGAACAUGUGGAUGACAUCUUGAAGCCUUACUGCCAGGGUUUGGCCCUACUGCCGGAGCAGGACUGGAACGGUGUGAAGUUCUGGUGCACUCGAAUAUCCCCACGCCAGCUGUGUGACAUACUCGUUGCCAGCCUUGACUUCCACCGAGCACCAGAGCCAGCGCAAGUCAUGCGAGUCUCGAGAGCCUUGGAAGCGACAGCUGCAGCUGGGACAGCUGCGGCUGCGUCUCCGCUGGAUUAGGUCGACCCCCUUUUCGAAUCAAAAGCACUUACCGAAAUGACAAGUACAAGCGCCUGCUUUCAGCCCCAGCAGCGCCUUACGCCUAUGCAGGCAACUGUUACGCCGAAUGACUUUGCACUUUCACUGGGCAUCGCCCAGAGAGAGCGGUCAGCUCUAGGCGAAAAAGCCACCCGCUUCCUGAAGCCGAAGCUUCUUCUUUUUUUAGCAGACACAUUUCUUUGGGUGUGGCUCACAGUUUCUGGGACCGCCGGGUUUUCUUUUUCGUCGGCUGCAGGGUUUGAGCCACACCCAGAAAAUCGAUAUGCGCUUGGCGGCUUAGCGAUUUUCAAAGGCGGGGUGUCCCAUCAAGGAUAUCUUCACUUUUGGGGACGCCCCGCGCCCCAUCCUCCUGAUUAUUUGGUCACAGUUAACCAGGCUGCAUGAAGCUGGCUGCAAGCAACAGCCAUGCUUUCGUCGGAAGGGUGUGUUGGAUGAGCCGGUGUUUGGCCCUCAUA